GCCGCUUUGAACAAAGUAGUGAAACUUCUAAAAGAAAGCCGAAUUCUGCAACUGAUAGGAGUAAAGUUAAUAAAAAAUCAAAAACAGCUGCUGUUCCAAAAGAUUCAUGGCAUAAUAUUCAUGAUUGGAUAGAGUAUCAUAAUAUUGAUGAGAAAGUUUUUAUGUUUUAUACCUGA